GCUCUGGCUGUAAUAAAAAAGGAAAGGGUCUAAGGAUUCCAAUUCGGUUUGAAUCAACCUAAAACCCUAAAUCCCAAAUCUUCUUAAUUGGGAGAAGAUGGGAGGGCCGGCGCUGGAGAUGGAGCCAGUAGAGCCGCAGUCAUUGAAGAAGCUUAGUCUUAAAUCCCUAAAGCGCGCUCUGGAUCUCUUUAGCCCUGUCCAUGGCCAUUUCGCCCCUCCUGACCCCGAAAGCAAAAAAAUUCGCAUGAGCCACAAGAUAAACGUGGAGUAUAGUGGAAUUAAAACUGCCCCGGGUCAACCUUCGAAGCAAGUUAAUUCAGGUGCUGGGAAUCAAGGUUCGGUGCCUUCGAAUGUCCUUGCUCUUACAGGUCCAGCUGACUCUAGUAAUUCUCAAAAGGAAGGCACUCAAAAUGCUUUAGUUGUUGGACCAUCUUUGCAACCAAAGGGGCAAAAUGAUGUUGGUAAUUCUGGCAAAAGCACUGCCAUUACUUCUGCUUCUGCACCCUUUUCUGAAAGGCUGACAACCUCUGCUAUAAUAGAAAGAAUCCCAAGCAAAUGGCCACGUCCCGUGUGGCAUCGUCCAUGGAAGAACUACAGGGUCAUCAGUGGGCAUUUGGGAUGGGUGAGAUCUGUUGCCUUUGAUCCAAGUAACAACUGGUUCUGUACCGGUUCUGCGGACCGUACAAUCAAGAUAUGGGAUGUAGCUAGUGGGAGGCUGAAGCUCACACUGACUGGACACAUUGAACAGAUACGAGGCCUUGCCGUCAGUAGCAAACACACCUAUAUGUUCUCUGCUGGUGAUGACAAGCAAGUAAAAUGCUGGGAUCUUGAACAGAACAAGGUUAUCCGUUCCUACCAUGGUCACCUAAGUGGUGUUUAUUGCUUGGCUCUUCAUCCCACAAUCGAUAUAUUGCUAACUGGGGGACGUGAUUCUGUAUGCCGGGUAUGGGAUAUUCGCACCAAGAUGCAAAUUUUUGCGCUGUCUGGGCAUGAUAACACCGUUUGCUCAGUCUUUACUCGACCAACGGAUCCACAAGUUGUUACCGGCUCUCAUGAUACAACGAUAAAAUUCUGGGAUCUUAGAUAUGGAAAAACGAUGUCAACUCUAACACACCAUAAGAAGUCUGUACGGGCAAUGGCACCACAUCCUAAAGAGCAUUCUUUUGCGUCCGCAUCAGCUGACAACAUUAAGAAAUUCAGUCUUCCAAAGGGAGAGUUCUUGCACAAUAUGCUCUCUCAGCAGAAGACUAUAAUUAACGCCAUGGCUGUAAACGAGGAUGGCGUAAUGGCUACCGGAGGUGACAAUGGGAGUUUGUGGUUUUGGGAUUGGAGGAGUGGUCACAAUUUCCAGCAAGCUCAGACAAUUGUACAGCCCGGCUCGUUGGAUAGCGAAGCCGGUAUCUACGCACUCUCGUACGAUGUAACCGGUACAAGAUUGGUAAGCUGUGAAGCAGACAAGACCAUUAAAAUGUGGAAAGAAGAUGAAACUGCGACUGAACAAACUCAUCCUCUCAACUUCAAACCACCGAAAGACAUUCGACGGUUUUAGCCGAACAUGUCGGUUUGUCCGGUCGGUUACUCGAUCUUAGUUUUGGUAAAAUGUGCUUUUGAGAUAAUGUAAGAUUAGCUUUGCUUAAGAGACAAAACUGUUCGUUGGAUCCUAGAUUAAAGCACCUAGUAAUGAUACAUUCAUUAACCCUAUUCUGGUGUUCAUUGCUAAGAUUAU